AUGAAUGCCGAGGCCAUUAGGGCUCGCAUCGUUGCCACCCUCUCCCCUGACGCCAAUGUGCGAAGAGCCGCAGAGCUCGAACUCAAGGCGGCCGAGGGGCAUGCCGGUUUCACCGAUGUCCUGCUCGACGUCUUGACUGCUGAGCCCGACGACUCUGUCCGACUCUCAACUGUCAUCUACCUCAAGAACCGGACAAAUCGAGGCUGGUCGAAAAGCGACCAUUACCCCGACGAACCGCUCAUAGCGGAAGAUGAAAAACAACGCUUUCGCGACCGCAUCCUCCCCAUCCUCGCUGCCUCUCGCGGUCCUGUCCGCCAACAACUCCUGCAGCUGAUUCAGCGCAUCUUACACUUUGAUUUCCCCGGGAAAUGGCCUAGCUUUAUGGACGUCACGUUGCAAUUGCUGCAUGCAAAUGACGCUCCUUCUGUCCUUGCUGGCUUACAGUGCUUGCUAGUCACCUGCCGCGCCUACAGAUUCAAAGGACCCCAGGACAGUAGUCGAUCCGAGUUUGACAAGAUUGUCGAGGCUAGCUUUCCUAGGCUCCAACAAGUUUGCAAUGAAUUGGUCAACCAAGAAAGUGACGAGGCUGGUGAGAUGCUGCACAUCGCCCUCAAAGCUUACAAACAUGCAACCUGGCUCGAACUUUCUAGCUUCCUAAAGCAACACGACGUCAAUAUCGGGUGGUGCACAAUCUUCCUCCAUACCGUUUCGAAAACGAUACCUGCGUCCGCUAUGCUCGAAGAUAUCGACGAGCGUGAGCGCCAUCACUGGUGGAAGGCCAAGAAGUGGGCCUACUUCAACCUCAACAGACUCUGGAUCAGACACGGUAACCCUGCAUCUGUUACGCCUAAGAACGACGAGUCGUCCAGAUUUUCUAAGGAAUUUGAGAACACUAUUGCGCCUGAGAUAUUGAAGCACUACCUGCAAGAGAUAGAGAAGUGGGUAUCUAAGACGGCUUGGCUCAGCAAACCGUGCUUAUCCUACACUCUCGUUUUCCUAGACGAAUGCUGUCGCCCGAAAUCCAUGUGGAACUUGAUGCAGCCUCAUCUUACCAAUCUUGUUACUCACCUAGUCUUCCCUGUCAUGUGCCUGAGCGACGAGGAUGUGGAGAAGUUCGAGGAUGAACCUGAAGAGUAUCUUCAUCGGAAAUUGAACUUUUACGAAGAAGUCUCAGCUCCCGAUGUUGCGGCGACUAACUUCCUCGUUACUUUGACCAAGACUCGCCGAAAGCAGACGUUCGAAAUCUUACAGUUUGUCAACGGAGUUGUGAACGAGUAUGAGCAGACGCCCGAUGACAAGAAGAACCACAUCGCGAAGGAGGGUGCGUUGAGGAUGAUUGGCACAUUAGCUCCUGUUCUCCUGGGCAAGAAGAGUCCGGUUGCUGAUCAGAUCGAAUAUUUCCUUGUUCGAUAUGUCUUCCCCGAUUUCAAGAGCCCCCUAGGUUAUCUUCGCGCACGAGCGUGCGAUACUAUCGAGAAAUUCGAGCAACUUAACUUCAAGCAUGAGAACAACUUGCUCAUAAUUUAUCGACACAUCCUGGACUGCAUGGCUGAUUCCGAUCUGCCCGUCAGAGUCACGGCUGCACUGGCUUUACAGCCCCUGAUUCGACACGACCCUAUUCGCGCCAAUAUGCAACAGAGUAUUCCAACUAUCAUGCAGCAAUUACUCAAGUUGGCUAAUGAAUGUGAUAUCGACGCCCUAGCUAACGUCAUGGAAGAUUUCGUCGAAGUGUUCGCUGCAGAACUUACACCCUUCGCUGUAGCUCUAAGCGAGCAGCUUCGAGAUACUUAUCUCCGAAUUAUUCGAGAGUUGCUUGAAAAGAACGACGCUCGCAAUAGUAACGAUGAUGACUUUGGCGACUACCUAGACGACAAGAGUAUAACAGCCUUGGGCGUCCUGCAGACUAUUGGUACCCUUAUUUUGACUCUAGAGAGCACCCCGGACGUGCUAUUACACAUCGAGGCAGUCCUAAUGCCCGUUAUUCAGGUCACUCUGGAGAACAAAUUAUACGAUCUCUAUAAUGAAGUCUUCGAGAUCAUCGAUAGCUGCACAUUUGCUGCCAAGAGUAUCUCGCCCACUAUGUGGCAAGCUUUCGAACUCAUCCACGCUACCUUUAAAUCCGGCGCUGAGCUGUAUCUAGAGGACAUGCUUCCGGCUCUAGACAAUUUCGUGCAGUAUGGUGCCAGCCAAUUAGUUCAGAAGCCCGAAUACGUACAAGCCUUGUACGGGAUGGUUGAGGAUAUGUUCCAAGAUCAGAAAGUCGGUGGAGUCGACCGCAUCUGCGCUUGCAAGCUCGCGGAAGCUAUGAUGUUGAGCCUUCGCGGCCACAUUGACCAAUCCGUCACCGGGUUUAUCACCAUGGCCAUGAUUGUUCUUAGCGGCCACGAUGUCAAGGUCAAAUCGUAUAAGAUUCAUCUCAUGGAGAUGGUUAUAAAUGCUAUCUACUACAACCCGAUGUUGACUCUAGCUGUUCUGGAAAGUAAGGGAUGGACAAAUAAGUUUUUCAGCCUAUGGUUCAUGAACAUGGACUACUUCAGCCGCGUCCACGACAAGAAGCUUUGCAUCGUGGCUAUCGUCUCUCUGCUAAGUCUAAACGCAGACCAGAUCCCUGCCAGCGUUAGCACUGGCUGGCCAAGACUCUUGCAAGGGAUUACCGGACUCUUCAAGACAUUACCUAACGCUUUGAAGAAUCGCGAGGAAGCUCUGAAAGAGGACUUCACUUACGAUUCGAAUAACUAUGAUUAUGACGAUGACGAUGAGUGGGCCGAUGAAGAUACUAACUGGAAUGGCGAAGAAGGAGCGGAGGGCGAGCAGAACGAAACUCGGGACGAGAGUACGGCAUACCUCGAAUUCCUCAAUGAAGAAGCCGCCAAGUUCAGCCAGAUCGAGAAUCAGUACAAGGACCAGGGAGACGAGUCUGAAGACGAUCUUGGUGAAGACAGCGUGUUGCUCGAAUCGCCCCUGGACAAGAUUGAGCCUUACCAGCUCUUCCGAACUGUCCUUAUGAAAAUGCAACAAGAAAAUCCACAGCUCUACACGAGUCUCACGUCAAACCUCUCAGCUGAUGAGCAGGGAGUUAUUCAAACGGCCAUCCACCAAGCUGAGGCCAAUGCCCAAGCUGCUUUGCAAUUGGCAGCUCAAGCCGCACAAAAUCCCCAAGGGGUUCCCGGGGCUUCUAACGGCGGCGCUAUAUAG